CGAUCAAGAAGGCCCGUGGCCUAGGUCAAUGGCCUGCAUUGCACAUGGCCGGUGCGUUGGCCUACCAUCUCCCCAAGCGGGAGAGUGGACGUCGUAAUUUGUGGUAGAGGGGGUACGCGUUCGCGCGGCCCCUGCCAAUUCUUUGAAAUUAAACCUUGGCCCUUGAUAGCUGGUGUUGGUUACUGUCGAAGUUUUGUUCUGAGACCGGAAAGGGCUUGUAAAAUUAUGUUUUCGUCCUUGCGACCUCGUCGGGGAGGUUCGCAGAUUGUUUUUAUUGUUCACUGAGGUUUAAUUUCUGUGCUGUAACUUUUCAUUCCAGACCCUACAUCUGCUGUUGUUUUCUCCGUCGUUCGAAAAACCUUUUCAUUGCAUACAGAAAGUGGGAAUUUCUUGUAGAGAAAGAUAGCGAAAUUCUGUGAAAAUAUUUAGGUCCUGGAUCUCAAUCCAAAAGCAUACAGAGGGGGGGAAGAAGAUUUGAUUUGGGGGAGGAUUCAGGCAGGGAUGGCGCGCAGCGUUUCGUACGUGUCGGCGGCGAAGCUGGUGUCCAUGGCGCGGGGGAACCGGGUGGCCGUCAUCGAUGUCAGGGACGAGGAGAGGAGCUACCAGGCGCACAUCGCGGGGUCGCACCACUUCGCCAGCGGCAGCUUCGCGGCGCGGAUGCCGGAGCUCGUGCGGGCCACCAGCGGCAAGGACACCCUCGUCUUCCACUGCGCGCUCAGCCAGGUGCGAGGUCCGUCCUGUGCUCGGAUGUUUUCGGAUUAUCUAUCCGAGUCCAAGGAAGAUUCAGGGAUAAAGAACAUCAUGGUGCUUGAACGUGGAUACAAUGGAUGGGAGAUUUCAGGCCAGCCCGUCUGCCACUGCAAAGAUGCUCCUUGCAAAGGCACAUGCUCUUGAUCUUCUGAGUUACCAUCUUGAUCCAGCUCUACUCAGCUUUUGAAUGAUCUGUGAUUCAGCAUCGCUGCUGAGCUGGCCCAACUUUCUCAUUGAGAUGAUGAUGCAUAACAAUCCAUUGAAUUUCGCAAUGUCUUGGAACAUUUCAUUUACACGUAUAUGACAUGCCUUUUUCAGAUGA